AUGAACAGCUACAGGAUAGCAAUAUGUCUCAAGAACAACCCAAGCAGAAUGAUAGGGACGUUUUUUGCGAACGAGGACGGGAUGGUGAAGCUUGAGAAUGCGUUUUUUGAGUCGAACUCGAAGAUUGUGUUUCCUACGAUUGUGAUUUCCGAGAGUGAUAUUGCAGGGGUGGCAAGGGUUGAGGAUGGCGAAGCGAGAGGUGCGGCUGAGGAUGAUGGUGACGGGAGCACAGGCAUUCAUGGGUCUGAGCAUGUGGAGGGAGAGUUUAGAAUUGAUUCUGAGAUUUCGAAUGCAAGAAGAUCAAGUGCAGGUGGGGCAAGAGGAAGUAUGGUAGAAGAUUGUGGAGAAAUGCAGAGCCAUGCUGAAGCAUCGCAGGAGGGAAAAGACUGGAACCAGUUUGAAGCAAAUUCCAAGCUUUUCAAUAUAGACGGGAGGUUUGAAGAGCAAGAGUACAUGGAGGUGAUUGACCGGACAUGUGAAGUUUAUAAGGCAAAGGUGUCGAUGGCGAAAAAGAUCGAGAGUGAAAUAAUGCACUCGACAACGAAUGAUCAGCACAGGCUUGAGGAGAGAGGAAUGAAAGUAAAUAAGGAAGAAGAUACAUACUCAAGCGUGAUUGGAGGCAAGGCAGAGGCCAUGGAGGAUGUAAUAGAUACUGAAACACCGUUUGAAAGACGAAAAGACAAAGCAAUGAAGCAGAAGAGUAAUACAGCUAGAAGAAGGAUGGUGAUAGAGAUUGAGGGACUGCCGCAGGACAGAGGCACAGAAAACUCAGGGUCGAUAGAUGAAUGCAGCAGAGCAGAUAAAGGAAUGGGAGAGGUAGGUAGAAGCACCAGGGUGACGGAUGACAGGAAGGCAAAUGGAUCUGUAUCGAAGGGUGUGACAUAUGGGUGGAUGAAUACACAGUUUGAGUCGAUUGAUCGAAUGCUCAAUGCGAUCAAGUCUAAGUUUGCUGGAAAGCUUACAAACGUAGAGGAUCAGAAAUGGGGAGCUGGGCCUAGCUGGAAGAUUGGAGCAAAGAACAUAAUUUCAAGGUCGAUGAAGAUGAACAAGACGCAGUUGUCUGGCAAUAAGCAAAUGAUUAAGAAAGGAUCUAUUAUGAAGUAA